AUGGAGGAGGAAGAGGAGUCUGAACAACCACCACCAGAACCUAAAAAACCACGGAAAAAGGUUACGCGAGUAACACAAGGAAGGAACCCACCACGAGUAAAACCACCACCAGUUACAUGUUAUGAUGGUGGUCCGUCUGACUUGUCUUUGUUGCCGGGAUUUGGAAAACAUGUUGCUGUCCCGUUGUGGAAAGGAGAGCUCCAAUCCCGGUAUUUGAGGGUAAUGAACAACGGGAAAAAAAUCAACAAUUUCAAGAUAUGUCCGAAAGAGUACUCGUGGUUUUGGAAUGUCGUUAAUGCAUCCGGACUCGAAACCCUGCGGCGGACAAAUUACAAUCACACCGAUUGGGGUCUGUUGACGGCAUUUGCAGAGCGAUGGCAUCCUGAGACCGGAACUUUCCAUCUUCCUAUUGGUGAGAUGACUAUAACCUUGGACGACGUGUCCUCAUUGCUUCAUAUUCCGAUUACCGGAAAAAUGCUCGACCACAACGGAACGUCAUGUACAAAGGAAGAUGGUGAAGAGAUGUGCGUAGAGUAUCUGAACUUCCCUAUUAGUAAGUGCAAGAAAGAGAUGCCUUGA